AUGGCCUCUAGGUCUGCAGGCGGACGAGGCGUCGGCGGCGGUGGAGGCGGAGGAGGCGGCCAGGCUGCCAACGCUCACCGGCACAAGCGCGCAAAGCUGAACACGGCUCGAAAUAUCCCCAUCCAACCGGCCGACGCGGCCCUCAAGGAUGGCGAGCUCGACCUCCAGGCCUUUGUCGCCGCCCACGAGUUCGAGAUCAAGUCGUUGGAGCAAAGCAUGUCGACCUCCAAAGCUGUGAGCACCGGCCGUGCCUUCCAGAUGGUCCCCCGAGGCUUGCGACGUCGAACGGCCAGCCACAACCCCAAGAAGGUCCCACGACGGCUCCGCGCCCGGGCGAGAAGGGAGAUGGCCGAGGACAACACCCCGACGGUCGAGUCGCGGAGGAGGAAGCCGAGGACGGUGAGAGCGCGGAUACGCGCCGAGACGGCCAAGCGACUCGGCAUCCUCGCCCGUCGGCAACGGAUCCGACGCAGGAAGCUCGUGGAAGCCGCCCGAGCAGAAGGCGAGGAGCUCCCAACGCAGAUUCGUACCGUCGUCGGACGGCUGCCGAGACCCAAGAUCCGGAGGAACGAGCUCAACGACCCUCCCAAGCCAACGGCUCGCUUCCGGAGGCGCCAGAUCAACAAGACCUGGCUGCCGACGCACCUGUGGCACGCCAAGAGAGCCCGCAUGACGGAACCCAAGAAGCCGCUGUGGCGCUUCGCCAUCCCCUUGACGCCGAACGAAAAGAUUUACCGGCCGACCCACCGCGCCCAGGGAGAGCGCGGCACCAUGGUUUGGGACAUGAGCUACGUGAGCACCAUCGGCCUCUACGGGAACCCUGUCGGCAUCGAGAGGGUCCUGAGGAGAGUCGGCCUGUCGCAAGACUCGUGCUGGAACGACAAAGGCGGCAAAUGGAAAAGAGGCGCCCGAACCUGGUCUGGCCUGUUGAGCAGGGGCGGCAAUGGCCAACGACGUCACGUGUGUCCUGCCACCGUCAUCUGGAAUCCAGAGUCGCCCGGGUCGAAUCCCGAGCAGCAGGCAACGGUCCAACGGCAGGUCUACCUGAGAGUCCACCCCUCGGCCUUCCUAGAGCUCUUUAAUGAGCUGCUGCGGUGGACCAAAAUGGAAACCCCACGGCUUUACAUCGAAGACUUGCGCUUCGAGAUCGGCGCCAUCGACCUCACCGGGCCGGCAUCGACCGAGGCCCUCUUGGCCACCUUGGCUCCCCAUGCGGCCGGCCAUGGACUCGAGUCGGCCCAUGCGAAGCUCUUCGAGUCGCUCCAGGGCUUGACGAAUCCGGCUGCCCUUCCGGCAAAUUCCAUCUUGCAUUUCUCCAUUCAGGACCCGCGACUGCGUUAUCCGCCGAGGAAACAGGUGCUCCCUGACGACCCCGACUCGCAGCUCGCUCUUCUCCAGACCAUGCAGAGUUGGCCGGCGGAGGAUGGCCUGGAGCCCUCGGCCUUGUUUGACCGAGAUGCUCGCCACCGUGCCUCCUGUCUCCCGUCGCAAAAGUCCAUCGACCGGAGGAAAGGAAGCAUGACGGCAGGAAGAUUCCUCGACGUCACGAAAGCCGAUCCUCCCAUCCCCGUCGUCUUAUUCUCAUCCCGUUCUGCCUCGAGCAUCCAGUCCCAGGGCACCUGGACCCUUCUGGCCCCUUGGAAAUGCAUCCUGCCCAUCUGGCACAGCCUCGUCCACGUGCCGUUGAUUUCUGGUCUCAACCCCCGCCCUGGCGGCUUGAAGGAGACUGUCCAGGUCGCAUUCGAGCGCGGCCAGCCGUGGUUUCCGGCAGACUACCUAGCCACCGACGCCGGCGCAGACUGGGAGCUGGAACAGCGGUGCCAGAGGAAGACAGCCUGGGGCCGACGACCGAAGAGCAAACGCACCGAGUGGAUGACCGUUCAUCUCGGUGCCGGAAGGAGGGGCGAGCUGGGGGAUGGCCUGUCGUGUGAUUUCGAGAUGCUUUUCGGCCUCCCGGGACCGCCAAAGGACGAGAAUGACAAGGACGGUGACGCGGUGGACGCGAGCGUCGAUGGUAUGAACCUCGACCAGGAAGUGCCGGCGCUUGGCCCGGUGAAGGGAAGGACGGAGCCUUCUGGCCUCAAGCUGCUGAAUCAAACCCCCAAGGCCACGUUCGAUCAUCUCGUUGCGUCACCGUCCCCGAUGGCACCCGGCAUCCCCAAUGCCAUUCUCCAAGUUCGGAUAUGCCUCGUCGCUCGCGGCGUUGUCACGACCUGCGCCAGGAUCUACAGACUCCCUUCCGCUCCCAUCUCGGCGCCGACCACUUCAAGCGCCGAGGUACCUGCGACGCUGCCCCCUGCCGAGGGCGAGGGCCAUGUCGCAGCACUCCCCCACGACCUCCGCUCCCAGUGGCUUGCACGCCUGCCGUCGCAUGCGACUCAUUCCGCCGCCUCCAAGAGACCCUGGGAAGCUCGACAUGCGGAUCCGAUAUACCUGCAGCGCGAGAGAGCCCUUGCCCAAUCCAUCCUGCGAGGGCCGGCCCCGAGCGCCAUCAACCCGCCGCCGCCGAACCAUGGCGACAUCGGCGGCCACCCGCUUGUUCCUGACGCCAAGGACCUAGUCGGCUUCGUCACCUCAGGCUCCUUCUGCCUUGCCAACGGCCGCGCCGUCGCCAUCGGCAGCCUUGCUCUCGACAAGGUGCUGCCAGAUGUCCGUGCGAACAGCAAGGAGGGGAGACUCUGCAUCGUGAGAAACGCGGGUGAGAGCGUCGGGUGGCUUGCUCGCUGGGAAGCGGUGUGA